CUACCCCAGUGUCCCGGCAGGGUUAGCUGCGGACCGCGCACUUCCCAGUUACAACUCCUCGCCAGAAACUUCACGAAUGGAGCGAUCACCGCGUGGCAGCCGAGACCGCAGCGGUAGCUGCCGACCCCACCCCGGCCCGGGGCUGGUGGCGGCGACCCCUUAUCCCCCGCCGCCGGCGUUACCGGUACCCUCGGGGAUACCAGUGCCUCCAGCUUUCCUGCGGCCGUCCGGCCUCUUCCUGCGAGCAGCAGCCGCCGCCGCUGCUGCCACCGCGGGAGGUGGAGGCUGCCAGCCGGCUCCCGGGCUGGACAGAGGCGUGAGCACCGUAGGCUGCGGUUACCCGCGGACGCCCAAGUGCGCCCGCUGUCGCAACCACGGCGUGGUCUCGGCGCUGAAGGGCCACAAGCGCUUCUGCCGCUGGCGGGACUGCGCGUGUGCCAAGUGCACCCUGAUAGCCGAGCGGCAGCGCGUGAUGGCCGCCCAGGUGGCGCUGCGCAGGCAGCAGGCGCAAGAGGAGAGCGAGGCUCGGGGACUGCAAAGGCUCUUGUACCCUGGAGCCUCGGGGCCCGAGGGUCGGGCGUCCGAAGGCCGCGAUAGAACGGGGAGUUCCCAGGUCGCCGGCAGGUCUGCGGCGGUGGCCCCGCUGGGACUGGGUGCCUUGAGACCAGCUAGCAGUCAGGCAACCCCUGCUUUCGAGGUUAACCAGCAAGAUUAUGCGCAGGAAAAACAAGAACAAAAAGAGAGUCAGUGUGACUCAUGCCAGAGUGGACAAGAAGAGUCAGACUCUAAAUCCCAUCAGCUUUCUCUGGGAUCAUCUCCUAAAGCUGAUGGUGUCAUUGGGAAACAAAGCAUCAGGUCACCUACUUCAGAACACCCAAAGAAGCAUGAUAGCAUCCUGUCUUCUUACUCUGGGGAGCAAUCAGGAGGUGAAGACAGUCCCAGGUCCUUAUCAUCCUCUGAUCUGGAAUCAGGAAAUGAGAGCGAGGGGACCAAAGACUGCAUUGCAACCAGACCCAGCCUUCCCAUGAUGUCCUCAAGACCAAGAGACCCUCUUGAUAUUCUUACCAGGAUUUUCCCAAGUUAUAGGCGCAGCUGGUUAGAAAGUGUUCUUCGGUUCUGCAAAGGGGAUGUGGUCCAAGCCAUUGAACAGAUCUUAAAUGGGAAGGAGCGCAAGCAAGACACCAGGGAUCUAGCAAACUCCGGAAAACUGGAAAACACAGUCUUUUCGAGAGCUUCAAAUUUUAGUCUAGCUGGAAUUGGUUUUGGAACUCUAGGUAAUAAAUCGGCUUUCUCGCCUCUUCAAACCCCGUCUGCUUCUUACGGAGGUGAUUCAAGCCUCUACAGCUUAAAUCCUAGACUAGCUAUUAGUCCAUUACGACUAGCAUAUUCUUCGCCAGGAAGAGGGCUGUCUGGUAUUAUGUCGCCCUAUGUAACGCCUGGGUUGGUUCCAGCAUUGCCUUUUCGGCCAGCUUUGGAUUAUACCUUUUCAGGGAUGAUUAGGGAUUCUUCCUACUUUCCUAGUAAAAGCUCAAUAACUGGUGGUAGACUGUAUUUUAGACCCAGUCAGGACAAUCUGUAAUGUAAUUCACUCCCUUUCUGGAGUAUUUCUAGAAUCAUGAAACACAUACAAACACAAACACAUAUACACAGAGAUCUAUUAAUGUACUUAAUUAAGUAUGAGUAAAUUACUAAGCCUUAAAAAUGUUACUUUUUUUUUUUUUAGUCAGCAAUAUAAUAGAUUUUAGAUUUAAACACUUUUAUUCAGGAUUUAUUAAGUGAAAGAAGCAUUUGAACGUUGUCUGUGCCUUGAAUAAAGCUUUUUCAUGAACUACUUUUACUUUAAACUAAUGAAUUUUCUCCCUAAGUUAUCAUUUGUAAAAUUCCUGUUGUUUAUAUAUUUGGUGAAAAGUGGGGUUUAUAGAUGUAAAACGUUUAUAGUUGUAAAGAGCAAUCCAGCAUAAUAUAAAAUGGACUAAAAGGAAGAAUUUUAAACUUGAGGUACUUCUAAGUAAUAACUAUUCUAAAA